AUGCGUGUCAGCAAGCAGAUGAACCGGGAUGCUACCGUCUAUCUGCACAGCCAGAACGAAUUUGCUCUGAUUAGCUCCAAGUUUUUCGCCUUUGAAAUCGACAGAAAGCGCUUCCUGCCCACCGUCGCUACGGGCAAAGCUGCGAGGGUAUUCAAGGACCCUGCUAUCGAAGCUACCAUUGCUCAUGUUGGACCAACUGUAUGCGCUUGUUGUCCUGCUGGUAUUCAUCUGGCCAGGGACAGAGCAACUCAUGCAUUGUUUCUGCUGGUUGAUCUCAAACACCUUAUGCGAGAAUUGCGUUUGACCUAUCACGUGUGGCCUUCCGAGCCCAUCUACAUCAUCUCAGGAGCCAAGGACUCGCCCGUCGAACAUGUCCCAGUCAAGGUCGACACUCAGAUCAAGUUUGUCUGGAAGGUUCACCCUGCCCGCCGCCCGGACCUAACUGUUGAGGAGCGAAGGGCUAGGCAGGUCCGAUUGCUGGCCCCUCUCGACUUCCCCACUGGUAGCGGCAAGAAGAUCUCCGUCCUUGGUGUAGACAAAGACAUCGCUCGCAAGGUUACCGAUCAGCAUAUGCCACGUAUCUUAUCUGUCGAUGCUGUCGGGUGGGAUCUCUACGAUCUCCUCAAGAGCCAAAAGAAACACCUUGACAACACCUUGUCGCAGGGCACACCUACUCUCCCUGCUCUCAUCCACUCUUACACCGAUCUUGCCUGCGUGGGUUGGCAACUGAACAUCACGGGUCAAUGGCACAAUGCUUCUGUCACCAGACAUAAGCUCGAAGAGGAGGAUUAUCAAGCAACGAUCCCAGACUCGUGGCAGAUGGCUCCGCCUCACGAACACUUCCAGGGCUGGGAAACCAAGCCGAAGUUUCCUAAAGCUGAACUGGCUGCUCACAUCGUGAAGUUUGCCGACGACUUUGCUAAGCUUAAGCCUGAAGAGCGUACUCAAGGGUGGACUGACCAUGCGCUUGAUCGUGGACACGUUGCUUUCGCAUUCCUGAACCUUCCUCACGAGAACGAAGAAGAGGAAGGUACCGGCGUGCCUCCUAACUUCGUUCCAUUCUUCGCUGAGUUUGGAGAAGUGGCUAUGCUUGGAGACAUGAGCAUGUUCAUGUCGCCUGGCGGUGCUCCUUUUCCUUGA